UAACUACUCUGCGCAUCUUCAAUGGCUACGAAAGACAAUGAAACCCACAUGGUCUCCUUUAUUUCUCUCUUCCCACUCCUUCAUAAACAAUCAUAUAUAUAUAUAUAUAACUAUAUUUUUUUCAAGGUAUGGGUGUUUAGUCCUCUACGCGCUCUCUUCUCCUCCUUAUCUCCACGGAUUUUCUGGUAGACUUUCGGGUUCUCUCAACCUUGGGGUGACGAAAGGCCGGUGCUUCUGAUAUUUCUUGUCUAUUUCCCGGAUGGGCUAACUUGCUUAAAAACCCAGGGUUUACUACUAGUCUUCUCUGGAGGUCAUUCUCACUGACAUUAAUUUGGACAUUAUGAAGCUUUCUGGGUUGUGGGUCUUGUUCUUCGUGGUUGGGACAGCUUUCUUGUUCCUUAACUUCUCCGGCAGCUUAACUGGCUCCUUUAUUCCCGAAACGGUAUUGGCUCACCAUGGUGAUGGUAUGGCAAUGACCAUAAGAAGCAGGAGGCUGAAGGAAAAUGGCAAUAAUCCGGGUUCUGAGAAGAAGAGACACGUAGGCAAUGUGAAUCUGGAUGAUUACCACCCGAUCGAUCCAGUUCCAAGUUCAAAGGCUUCCAUAAGACCCGGACCUAUCCAGCAUGGGACUCCUCUCAUGCCGUAUAUUCCAAGACCUUCCCCUCCUACUCCUACUCAACCCAUAAAUGGAUGAUCUACUUAAUUACCCUAUUUAAGAUCUCUUCUGGAGUAGUAGAUAUAUAUGC